AUUUUAAAUUUACAUUUCACCUCUUUAAUUAAUAACAUAAUCACUAAAACAAGUUGAUUUCACUGCGACUUUACAUUUACAUUUACGUAGCAGCUCGUCAGUUUGCUCAGCUAACCGGAAGUGGCAGUUAACGUGAACAAGUGAGGCUAACUCUAAGCUAGCUAACAGUAGGUUAUGUUCGCGGUGUUUUGAGGAUUACAUUUACCUCUCAUCAUGUCUCUGAGCGCUGUUCACGGAACACUAUCGAGUUUGAAAGCAUGUCAGACAGACAUCGGGACAGGGAUGGACAUUGUGACAGACGUGGCCAUGGACCUGGCUGAAGCUCAGGAUGAAGAGGGCAAUCCUGGCAUCAAAGCGAUGGAGGAUAUGAUUCUGGAGUGUGCCAAGCUGGACAAAGAGAUUAACUGCUUUGUUGAUGUUGUGCAACAAGUGACUUCAGAGGUUACUACACAGCAGCCCGAGGCCAUGUUCAGCCUGUCUGCCAAAGUGAAGGAGCAGUACACGCAGAGAAUCGCCAGACUCUCUGAUGCCGAGCUGCACACUCACCAGAAAGUAGUGGCCUUCAAGGACAGCAUCAAGAACUCUUUCAAACAAGCCAACCAGGAGCCAGCAGCGAGCAUGGAGGAGCUGGAUGAGGACCUCGCUGUCACGCAGACCCAAAUCAACCUUACCUGCCCGCUCACACAGGUGGAAAUGGUGAACCCCGUGAAGAACAAGAAAUGUAACCACCAUUAUGAUGAAGGAGCCAUACUGGGCCUGAUCAAAACAAGACGCAGCCAGAAAAAGAAAUGCCGCUGUCCGGUGGUCGGCUGUGGGAACUCAGAUGUCACAGAGUCAGACCUCAUUCCAGACCAGAUGCUGAGGAGAAAGAUCCAGAGCCAGAAGAGGCAGAACAGCCGCACUUAGUGCUCGACAGUUUUACAAACCAUUCCUUACAAUUAUUCAUUAAACCCCUGACUUUCGUAUGGAGAAAGAAAUAUGUUGUUGGUAGCAAGUUGAGCAGUUUUCAUCGGUAAUGUUGCUGAGUUACAUUUGCAAGUGUUUGUGGAAAAGUUCUAUUUUUGAAAAAAAUUAUCUCUCAGAAAAUAUCUUCUGCUCAGUUUGAGUUUUGAAGUGAGAACUGUUUUUGUAUAAUUUAUCUGGAGCAUGUUUGUAUGUUUCAGUUUUGUUGAAUGAAAAUUAAAGCUUCAGAUGUUUGUAUGAAA